CGGUUUGUAUAGUAUCAUACAAAUUCUUAAUAGUGUGUGUGUGAUUGUUUCAAAGAAAAUGCAUUUUGUUUUCGGUUUAAUUAAUUUAAUAAUUGUACAUUUACUUUGAGCUUUAGUCAUUCAGUGUUAAAUAAUUUUAUUUAAUUAUUCUGAGCACCGUUUUCUAACAGAUUAUCAAUGUCUACUAAAAAAGUGUAUACUGUUAAAGACAAAGUCUUUGCUAAGGUUCGUGGUUAUCCUGCAUGGCCUGCUGUAAUAUCUGGUGUUGAAGCAGAUACACCUUCACGCCAGCGAUAUCAUGUAUAUUUUUAUGGAACUGGCGAACGAGCUGUGUGUAAGUCAGAUGAACUUUUUCCAUAUGAAGAAAAUAAAGCUAAAUUAGGAAAACCAAAUAAACGGAAGUACUUCUCAGAGGCUCUUAUACAAAUUGAAAAUGACGCUGAUAGUUCAUUCAUUACUGAUGGAAUUAUUCAAGCCUUUCAAAUACCAACUAUUGUUGAUCAAAGCAGAGAUACAACUCUUAACGAAUCAGAAAGUAUCUCUGAGUUAGAAAAAACUAGUGAUAUAAAUUCUGAAAAUGAAGGAAAAUUAACUAUUGAUGAAACAAAUGCCUCUAAAGGAAAAAAAUCAUUAGGUUUAAAAAAAAGUUUGGGACUUUCUUUGCCUAAAGGUGGUGCAAAAAGAAAAUUAUCUGAUGGAAAAUUAGAAUCACCUGCCAAAAGAGUAAUGUCUAACAAAGGGAAAGGUGUGGAAGAUAAUGACUCUAAUGCAGUAGUAAUUAUUGAAAAAAUUAAAGAAAAUGAUAUAGAUGGAACUCAGAUUUCCAAUGAGUUAUCGUCUAGUGAAGGGAAUGAUUCUUCUGACAAACAUUUGGAAACACAAAACAGUAAAAAUGAUUCUAUGUUAGAUGUAAGUGACGCUUCAAAAUCACAUUUAAAAUUAAAAACUAGCCCAUCUUCUAGUGGAGAACAGUCUUCUAAUAGCUCUAAUAUUGGGCAAGUUUCACGCUCGGGCCGUAAAAUCAAACCUAAAAAGUAUUCCGAUUAUGAAAAUGAUGCUGAAGCACCUAAAAGAUCAAGACUUAGCAAAGAUAAUAAUAAAAAUUUGGACAAGAGUAAUGUAGAUUUGGACAAUUCAUCUUCAGAACAAAAUGAGUUGACUAAAGAAUCUAUCAAAAAACCUAAGUGUCAUGCCACUUCUCUUAAUAUUAAUGAUGGUGUAACUAAAGAAAUGAAUCAACUAAGUAAAACAAUUACUGAAGAUAGUGAACUACCAGAAAAGCUCAAAGAUCUAAUGGCGGGUGCUAUAUCUAACUGUGAAGUUGAAUGGAAAAAAGUUACAGCAAGCAAAGCAGUAAAAGUAGAAUUUUUAACUACUGAAGUUGAUUUAUUAGACUGUGUUUAUCAUCUUCGCAUGGCUCUGCGUACUGAUAAAGCUGAUUGUGACCGUGCUAUAGAAGUAUUAGAUCAGAUGGCAGAAUUAAAACUAAGUACAUUAAUGCUUAAAAAACACUCUGAGGUAGUAGAUACUGUGAAAAAAGUAACUAUGUAUAUUGGUAACAUCAAAGAAUGGGGAUGUAGUGAGGAAGAAGCUAGUGCAAUUGCUGCAAAAACUGCUAAAGUGAGACGUAAAGCCAAUAUGGUGUUUAAUAAAUUUAGAUCACUUUUUACAGUACCUGAAGGCCAAUCAUUCCUAGACACGUUUAAAAAAGAAGUGGAUGAAUUCUACACUAAAACCAAACAUUUGGCAUGUGACCAAAUUUAUGGGCUCACGUCAGAAAAACAAUUAAAUUAAGUAUAUUUGUUAACUCUAUGUUUAUUAAUUAUUGUGUAGAUACAUUCAGAUCUUAAAUUGAACUUUUUAUAUUUAAAGUAUUUUAUUAUUAUUAAUUUUGACUUUAUUUAAUGGCAACAUUUGUAUUUGUAUCCAUAAUGUAGUUUUUAUCAGUUGUAAUUCGCUAUUGAGUAUGUUUA